AUGAGCACCGUCCGCGCUCAAAACCUACAAGACCUUAUAUAUAAGCGAGGCCAGGCCGGAGUUACCAAAGCCAGCGUCACAAUUGUUUUCGAUAACCGCGAUAAAUCGAUAUCACCAAUUGGAUUCGAGGAGUAUGCCACCAUUUCAGUCACUCGGCAAAUAGUUCUAGGUGGAACGAGCAAGUACUUGAUCAAUGGCCACCGCGCGCAGCAACAAACGGUCCAGAACCUUUUUCAGAGCGUGCAGCUAAAUAUAAAUAACCCGAACUUCCUGAUUAUGCAGGGCCGGAUAACAAAAGUGCUGAAUAUGAAGCCUGUUGAGAUAUUAGCUAUGAUUGAGGAAGCUGCUGGAACCCGAAUGUUUGAGGACAGGAAAGAGAAGGCAGCGAAGACAAUGGCCAAGAAGGAGAUGAAAGUUCGGGAGAUCGAGGGAUUAUUGCAAGAGGAAAUCGAACCCAAGCUGGAAAAGCUGAGGGGUGAGAAGCGAGCGUUUCUUGACUUCCAGCAAACACAAAGUGAUCUUGAACGGUUAACAAGGCUUGUUGUUGCCCAUGACUAUCUCAAGUACGGGGAACGAUUACGCCUGAGCGCAGAAGAAGUCGACAAGAGAAAACAAAAGAUUGAAGAUUUGGAAGCGAACGCGACCAGGUUGAAGGGCGAAAUUGCGAAUCUGGAAGAAGACGUGAAAAAAGUUAAGGAGGCGCGCGACAAAGAAUUGAGGAAGGGAGGGAAGUUCCAGGCGUUGGAAGAUAAAGUGAAGAGUUAUUCCCAUGAGAUGGUUAGAUUGUCGACGUCGAUUGACUUGAAAAAAUCUAGCAUGGGUGAAGAGACAAGUAAGAAAGAAGCCGCAGAAAAAGCUCUCGCCGAGGUGCAAGCCAACCUGAAAGGGAAGAAACAAAUCUACGACAAGCUACAGGCACAAUAUGACAAAGCCAAAGCAGACUUUGAUGCACAGACAGCUGAGGUAGAGCAAAAAGAGGAGCUCUUGCAGACGUUGCAAACGGGUGUUGCCUCGAAAGAGGGCCAAGGUAACGGUUAUCAAGGGCAGCUUCAAGAUGCUAGAAAUCGUGCCAGUGCGGCUGCCACAGAACAGGAGCAAGCAAAGCUCAAGAUCUCUCAUUUGGAAAAGCGCAUCAAAGAGGAGGAACCCAGGGCAAAAAAAGCUGCAGAACAGAAUCAAGGGUUAUUGAAAGAUCUAGAAUCUCUGAAAAAGCAAGCUCAAAAGCUUGAGGCAGAACUGGCGAAACAGGGAUUUGAGCCCGGGAAGGAGGAGAGGAUGUACGAGGAAGAAUCAAACCUCCAAAGGGCCAUACGUGACCUUCGAAGUGAAGCUGAUGGCUUGAAACGAAGGGUUGCAAACAUCGAUUUCAACUACUCGGAUCCUUACCCUGAUUUUAACAGGUCCAAAGUAAAGGGACUGGUUGCACAACUGUUCACCCUUGACAAGAACCAUUCUGAAGCAGCUACUGCCCUUGAAAUUUGUGCCGGAGGCCGUCUUUAUAAUGUGGUUGUCGAUACUGCAGAAACUGGCACAGCACUUUUGCAGAACGGCAAACUUCGAAAACGCGUUACAAUUAUCCCUUUGAACAAGAUAGCUGCAUUCCAGGCAUCAGCUGAGAAAAUAGGGGCGGCAACCAAUUUGGCUCCUGGAAAGGUGGAUCUUGCAUUAUCACUGAUAGGUUAUGAUGAGGAGGUUACUGCUGCCAUGCAAUACGUUUUUGGCUCUACCUUGAUUUGUCAUGACGCAGCAACCGCGAAGAAGGUGACCUUUGACCCUGCUGUUCGUAUGAAAAGUGUGACCCUGGAAGGUGAUGUUUAUGACCCUUCGGGGACAUUAUCUGGUGGCAGUGCCCCAAAUUCAAGCGGUGUUCUCCUUAUCUUGCAAAAAUUGAAUGGCAUUAUGAUGGAAUUGAAAGCCAAAGAGAGAGCCCUCCAUAUACUGCAGGAUACCAUGGCCAGGGAAAAGAAGAAAAUGGAUCUUGCUCAUUCAACUAAGCAGGAGCUUGAUCUUAAGAACCACGAGAUUAAAUUGACGGAAGAGCAGAUAAAUGGAAAUUCAUCGUCUUCUAUCAUUCACGCCGUGGAAGAGAUGAGAGAUAACAUUACCCAGUUGAAAAAUGAUAUCACUGAUGCUAAAGCUCGUCACGCUGAGGCAUCAAAGGAUAUUAAACGAAUUGAGAAAGACAUGAGUGAAUUCAGCAAUAACAAGGAUAGCAAGCUUGCAGAACUUGAGUCCUCACUCGAUUCAUUGAAAAAGUCCCUUAGCAAGAACUCUGUUUCAGUCAAGACCCUCCAGAAGGAGCUCCAAGCAUCCAGGUUGGAAUCGGAGCAAGCUGGAAGUGAUUUGACAACUGCUGAGGAGCAAUUGGCGGAAGCUGAGCAGAUUUUGAAAGCUCAGGUGGAAGAGGUUGAGGAAAUGGUGAAGGAGCAAGCACGAGUUAAGGAAAAACAUGAUAUUGCCCAGGCUCAGCUUGAAGAUGAGCAAGCUCAGCUCACCAGGUUCGACGAUGAACUCCGGGAUUUGGAUGAAGCUAAACAGUCCAAAGCUGCACGAAUAACGGAAGAGGCCUUGGAACUUCAAAAGCUCGGCCACAAACUUGAAAAGGUUUAUAAAGACCAACAGAGUGCUGCUCAACUUGUGACAAAUAUGGAGAACGAGUAUGAAUGGAUUGCCGAGGAGAAAGACAGCUUUGGUCGGCCAAACACCCCUUAUGAUUUCAAGAAUCAAAAUAUUGCCGAAUGUAAAGCGUCUCUGCGGAAUGUAACGGAGAGGUUCCAGGGAAUGAAGAAGAAGAUUAACCCAAAGGUCAUGAACAUGAUCGACAGUGUUGAGAAGAAGGAGGCUUCUCUCAAGAACAUGAUGAAAACAGUCAUCAGAGACAAGAGGAAGAUCGAAGAGACAAUCAUCAGUUUGGAUGAAUAUAAGAAAGAGGCUUUGCAUAAGACCUGGUCCAAAGUCACUGCAGACUUUGGCCAGAUAUUUUCGGAGCUUCUUCCUGGAAGUUUUGCCAAACUUGACCCUCCGGAAGGGAAAGAGAUCAGCGAUGGUCUUGAGGUCAAGGUCAGCCUGGGUAAAGUCUGGAAGCAGAGCUUAACAGAGCUCAGUGGUGGUCAAAGAUCUCUAAUUGCACUGUCUCUCAUCAUGGCACUUCUGCAAUUCAAGCCCGCUCCGAUGUAUAUUCUUGACGAGGUCGAUGCUGCUUUGGAUUUGUCUCAUACACAGAAUAUUGGUCGGUUGAUCAAGACGCGUUUCAAGGGCUCGCAGUUCAUAGUCGUCAGUUUGAAGGACGGAAUGUUUCAAAACGCCAAUCGGAUAUUCAGAACGAGGUUCAGUGAAGGUACUAGCAUGGUACAAGCACUAACUCCGGCAGACUUAAAGUAA